GUGACUGAAGCUGUCAGUCACGGGCUGGAGGCGCGCGAACUGCCCGGGCGACAAUGUAACCGGAGCAACCGGGAGCGCCGCCCUCGCAGGCUUGUGCAGGGAGCAGCGUGUGCCGCCCGGACACCCUGCAGUCAGGGAAGGAGGGAGAGCCACAGCUUAGGGGGAUAUAGCGGAUGCCUCUGGGGGGUGAGUGACAGCCUCGGGGGAAAGAGUGGCUGCGCGGGGAGAACGGCGAGAGAGAUAGUGAGUGAUCGUGCAGGAGAGCAAUGAAGCGCCGAGUGACGGCGCGGGGGAAGGAGCGGCGGCGAGAGUGAUAGACCCGGGGCAGCAACCGACGGUGGGAGCUGCAGACCCGAGGGGAGCAGUAAGUGCGGGAGCGGCACUUCAAGGAACCCUGCAGGGCUGAACUGAAAAGCAACCUGGACCAUGGCGACAUACAACCCCACCGACUACGAGCGCACGGAGGCUUGGCUCGAUGAUAAUUUAGACUUUGCACAUUCAUACUUCGUUCGGAAGGCCACCAGGGAAAUGGUCAAUGCAUGGUUUGCGGAAAGAGUGCAUACUUCGAAUGAAGCCACGAGGGAUUUGAACUUAGUGCAUCAUAUGGCCCGACUGGAGCUUGCAACCCCAGGGACUCCUACCAGAAAAAUCUCAGCUUCCGAAUUUGACAGACCCCUCAGACCCAUUCUUGUUAAGGAUUCCGAAGGGGCUUUAACAUUUGUCUUUGAUUCAGACAAGAAGGAUCACAUGCCGUUAAAAGUCCAUAAAUCUGGCUGCGAGGCCGCACCAGUCGACGAUCAAUGCUCCAGACUUUUGGAGCUUGUCAAAGAUAUCUCAAGCCAUUUGGAUGUCACAGCACUCUGCCACAAAAUCUUUCUCCACAUUAAUGAAGUGAUUGCUGCUGACAGGUACUCACUUUUCCUGGUGCAUGAGGACAGCUCAAAUGAAAAGUUUCUUGUCAGUAGGCUCUUUGAUGUUGCAGAAGGUUCCACCCCCGAAGAAGCUUCAACCAACUGCAUUCGUUUAGAAUGGAACAAAGGGAUUGUAGGAUAUGUAGCAGCUACAGGAGAACCACUGAAUAUUAAAGAUGCAUAUAAGGACCCCAGAUUCAAUGCCGAAGUCGACCAGAUCACAGGGUAUAAGACACAGAGUAUUCUCUCCAUGCCAAUAAAGAACCACAAAGGGGAGGUAGUUGGUGUUGCCCAGGCAAUCAACAAGAAAUGUGGGACUCAUGGAACAUUUACCAAAAAUGAUGAAAAGGAUUUUGCUGCCUAUUUGACAUUUUGCGGGAUUGUCCUCCACAAUGCCAAGGUGUAUGAGACUUCACGGCUUGAAAAUAGACGCAAUCAGGUUCUACUUGAUCUUGCAACUCUGAUAUUUGAAGAGCAACAUUCCUUGGAAGUAAUUUUGAAGAAAAUUGCAGCAACUAUUCUUUCAUUCAUGCAGACUCAGAGUUGUACCAUCUUCAUUGUGGAUGACAAUUCCUCUGACUCGUUUUCCAGUGUCUUUCACAUGAAUUCAGCAGAGCUAGAAGAUCCAGCAGAGUUCCAGAGGAGCAGGAACUACAAUAUAAAUAAAAUCAACUAUAUGUUUGCAAAGUAUGCAAAAAACACCAUGGAAACAUUGAAUAUUACAGAUCUUUGCAAGGAUACAAGGUUCACGUGGACAAAUGAAAAUGCAGAAAGUACAAACAAGCAAAUAAAAAGCUUGCUCUGCACCCCAAUUAAAAAUGGAAAGAAGAAUAAAGUUAUAGGUGUUUGCCAGCUGAUGAACAAAAUGGGUGAAAAUUUUGACAAAAUCAAGGCCUUCAAUAAAAAUGAUGAACAAUUUCUGGAAGCAUUUGCCAUUUUUUGUGGAUUGGGCAUACAGAACACUCAAAUGUACGAAGCUGUUGAAAUGGCAAUGGCAAAACAAGUAGUGACACUUGAGGUACUUUCAUAUCAUGCAUCUGCUACUGAAAAUGAAACUGAGGAGCUUCAGGUAACAGCGGUCAAGACAGUUCCUUCUGCUCAUUCACUUAAGCUUCUAGAUUUUAGCUUCAGUGAUUUUGACUUGUCUGAAGUUGAGACAACAUUGGCUGCCAUCCGGAUGUUCACUGAUCUGAAUUUUUUACAGAAUUUCCAGAUGAAGUAUGAGGUUCUUUGCCGCUGGAUUUUAAGUGUUAAGAAGAAUUAUCGAAGGCAUGUGGCAUAUCACAAUUGGAGGCAUGCAUUUAAUACUGCUCAAUGUAUGUUUGCUCUGCUGAAGUCUGGCAGGAUUCAGAGCAAGUUAACAGAUCUAGAGAUUUUAGCUCUCAUCAUAGCAACGCUGAGUCAUGACCUGGACCACAGGGGAGUGAAUAAUGCUUUCAUAAAAAGGAGUGAGCACCCUCUGGCUCAGCUCUACUGUCAUUCCAUGAUGGAACAUCAUCAUUUUGAUCAGUGCGUCAUGAUACUCAACACUCCAGGAAACCAAAUUCUGAGUGGCCUUUCUCUGGACGAAUAUAAAGCUACUCUGAAAAUGGUUGAGCAGGCCAUUCUAGCCACAGACCUAGCAGUCUACAUGAAGAGAAGAGAAGAAUUUUUUGAUCUGGUGAAAACCAAUCAAUUUAACUGGGAAGAUAAAAGUCAUAAGGAGCUGCUAAUGGCGAUGUUGAUGACAGCAUGUGAUGUGUCUGCAAUAACCAAACCUUGGCCUGUUCAACAAAAGACAGCUGAGCUAGUGGCAACAGAAUUUUUUCAACAAGGUGACAAAGAAAGGGAAGAGUUAAACAUCGAACCCAUUGAUUUAAUGAAUAGAGAAAAACGUGAUCAAAUCCCAAGCAUGCAGGUUGGAUUCAUUGAUGCAAUCUGUAUUCAACUAUAUGAGGCUCUGGCAACGAUUUCUGAAGCUUGUCUCCCAUUGCUUGAAGGCUGCAGAAAUAAUCGAAAGAACUGGGAAAUGCUAGCUGCACAAAACCUGGUGAAUGGAGAAAAAAAGUGACAUACAGAGAUUGAUUAUCUAUUUCAUGGUCUAUUGAGAAAGCAGAAGUUUUGUGUAAAUUUGGAGUUAGCAAGGUCUCUAAAAGAGUAGUAAAUAUUUUCAGCACUUCAGCUUCUUACUGGUGGGGUUAUAUCCAAUUCCACUUUGACAAGCUGUUAUUUUUUGUUUCAUUUUUUAUCACUUAUAUGGACCAUAAAACAACCUCCAUCUUGCUGAAUGUACCUGUUGGUUGCGGAUGAUAGUCAGCAAAUGAAAGAAUGAAAAGGCAACUGAGUUUUUUCAUCUUAAAGGAGCCAACUUACGACAUUGUCCUGAUAUGUUCAUGUAGCAGGCAUUUUAUUAAUGCUUCGUUUUUAUUUAAGUGUGGAGGUCAAACGUAAAUGCACUGGUCAAGGAUUAUUCAAAGACACCAUGAUAACCUGACACAUAUUUGCACAAUGAUUAAUUAUUUUUCUAAGUAACUCUAGCUCAUUAAAGUAUAGGUACUUCAGUGGUUUGAUUAUCAAGUUACUUCUGCACAUGCACAUAAUUCCUGUCGAGUUUUCACUGCAUACAUGCAAUUUUUAUUGGAUGCUCACUUGCAGGGAAUGAAAGAAAAAGUAGCAGUCUGGCCUAGAAUGUAUGUUUUCCCCAGAUAAGAGCACCAUUUAUUUUUAAUCAAUUCUUUGGCUUCCAUUAAACACAUUCACAUAUUAUUUAAAAAUACCAAGAUUAUGGUACACAAAAUUAUGUUUGUCUUUUGAUCUUGCAUGACAGGGGAAAAUGGCAGACUGGUUUUGUAAAAGUGUCUGUUGCCACAUUUUACAGCAUUAACAGUAAGUUUUAUGUUGAAUAGCAUGUUAUAACUUUCAAAGUAUAUAUAUUUUAAUGUUUGCUGUAGGAAUGCAAGGCAGGAGCAAAAGAGCACAAGCAAUUUAUUUUGCAAUUUUGUAUGUUGUAGCCAGUGAGAUUGUGGAGAUGUUUUUGCUCAGUAUUUACAUAAAUUGUAUUUAGUUAUAAAUGCUAAUUUAUGACAAAUAUCAAAAUAGUUGUAGUGCAAGUUAUUAAAACUGUACUCUUAGUUACAUGAUUUUAUUCCCAAACCAGAUUCCUUUCAAGUGUGGUUUCCCAUUGGCAAUUUAAGAUUAGUGAUUUUGCCAAACUCUGACCCGAAUAAUCACCUGCUUUUCAUUAUAAAUCUUUAUAUAUUUGCAAUAAUUAGUUCAGUUUGCCGAUCGUAAAAUUCACAUAAGCCCAGCCUCCUAGAGAAAUGUGAUAUUAUUGUGUAGAGUCAAUUUCCAGGCAACUUUUACAAUUCAUAAUAGAUAAAGCCACCUUUACUGGUUAAUGUUUCACUCUCCAGGGCAAGUGAAAGAUAUUGUUCAACAUCAAAACCUAGGGACAGAGGGGCAUCAAUUAAAUUAAAUUUUGAUACAUGGAGCGCUCUUUCAUUAAAAAUAUGAAGAAGAUAAUACGAGGCAGAAGCCUACUCUGUCACACCAGCCUUCAUAAACAAAUCAGUCUGAAUUACCAGAGAUGAGGAAGAGAUUCUCAGUUUAUGUAAAACACCCAGAAUAAGAAGUGGAUAGUGCAACGGUUGUUUGCAGUAGUACCCUUGCUAAUAUUUAAUGACGUCUCUUUGAUGCUAAACCAAACAGUAAAACUGCUUGUGUCUUCUCCCAUUCUUAGUGGUCUGUUAUCUAUAGCAGUAGAAAAUGUUCAAUAAAGAUAUUACUAGAUUAGUAACACUAUAGCAUUAAGCUUCCAUGUAUAUAACAUGGAAAUUAAUUCACAGUUAUAAAUCAUAACCAAGGUAACUUAUGGCUACUCACAAGUGUAUGAUUUCACACAAUGGUUAGAAAAUAGCAACACUAGGGAGGUUCUCCCAAUUAUGCUGAAACACCGGUUGUGAAUGAUAUCUAUAAAUUUAAUUCAUAAUUCUAAAAUAAUUCAAGGUUAAUUCAAGGAUUUUAGUAAGGCGUUUGAUAAGGUUCCUCAUGGUAGGCUUCUUCAGAAGGUCAGAGGCCAAGGGAUCCAAGGAAGCUUGGCUGUGUGGAUUAGGAAUUGGCUUGCACGUAGAAAGCAGAGGGUUGUGGUGGAAGGAGUGCCCUCGGAUUGGAAGGCAGUGACUAGUGGUGUCCCGCAGGGAUCGGUUCUGGGACCUCUACUUUUUGUGAUAUUUAUAGAUGACUUAGAUGAGGGGGUGGAGGGCUGGGUUAGUAAGUUUGCGGACGACACUAAGAUAGGCGGUGUUGUGGAUAGUGUGGAGGGCUGUCGGAGCUUACAGAGGGAUAUUGAUAGGAUGCAGAGCUGGGCUGACAAGUGGCAGAUGGAGUUCAAUCCGGAGAAGUGUGAGGUGGUACACUUUGGAAGGACAAACUCCAGGGCAGAGUACUGGGUAAACGGCAAGGUACUUGGCAGUGUGGAGGAGCAGAGGGAUCUGGGGGUUCAUAUUCACAGUUCAUUGAAAGUUGCCUCACAGGUGGAAAGAGCAGUUAAGAAGGCCAAUGGGAUGUUGGCUUUCAUAAAUCGCGGGAUUGAGUUUAAGAGCCGCGAGGUUAUGAUGCAGCUUUACAAAACUCUAGUUAGGCCACACUUAGAGUACUGUGUUCAGUUCUGGUCGCCUCAUUAUAGGAAGGAUGUGGAGGCGUUGGAGACGGUGCAGAGGAGAUUUACCAGGAUGCUGCCUGGAUUGGAGAGUAUUGAAUAUGAGGAGAGGCUUAAGGUACUAGGGCUUUAUUCACUGGAAAGGAAGAGGAUGAGAGGAGACAUGAUAGAGGUAUAUAAAAUAUUGAGAGGAAUAGAUAGAGUAGACAGUCAGCGCCUCCUUCCCAGGGCACCAAUGCUCAAGACGAGAGGUCAUGGCUUUAAGGUUAUGGGUGGGAGGUUCAGGGGAGAUGUCAGGGGGAGGUUUUUCACCCAGAGAGUGGUUGGUGCAUGGAAUGCACUGCCUGGGGUGGUGGUGGAGGCAGAUACAUUGAACAGGUUCAAGAGCUUGUUGGAUAGGCAUAUGGAGGAACGUGAGAUAGCAGGAUAUGCGGGAGGAAGGGGUUAGGUAGUGUGAGGGUGGUCUGAUGGACGGCACGACACGGUGAGCCGAAGGGCCUGUUUUGUGCUGUAUGGUUCUAUGGUUAAAAUUAUUCUUGAAUUGUGUGACACAUUACUCAACUGACCUACUAUUUAGAGUUUUCCUGUGGAAUAUGGGUGAGGAAUGUCAUUUUAAAAACUUCUUAAGUUGUUACAUACAUUGAGUCCUCACUUUUCUGAUCUGUGGUAGUCGAAGGAACAAUUGAUUCUCAAACUAUCACCAAGAGGAAGAGAACUUUUGUUUGCAGGUGAAACUCUGAAGGGGAGAUUGGCCAAAAACGUUGGAAUGUUUCAUGAGGGCAACUUGAAGUGAGUCUGAUAACGUGAUCAAACAGUGUGAUCAAUUAGUUGAACAGCUUUAAAGCUGUAGUUUUAAAUAUAUUCUGCUGGGCAAAAAUUAAGUACUUAUUUUCAUAAAUUAUGAUCAUAGUAUAUUACAAAACAGUUGUAUGGUUUCUGCAUUACCAGGACACUAAGAAUGUCAGUACCUGAUGACAUUUUCCAUAAUAUCAGUGGCAAACUAUUCAGCUUUGUAUUUCUAAGUCAUAAAACUAGCAAAACAUACUCUGUUUAUUUUAGAUUUGGAUUACUUGUAACUAUUGUGAAGUCUAAAUUUCAACAGAGUUGUGGUGCAGUUCGAUUCAGCAGAGUUCCUCAUGGACUAGAGUGAUAGGUUUCAUGUAUCAUAGUUGCAGUAUGACCAUGGAUUGAUGGCAUGAAAUUGCUCCUAAUUUGGCAUUAAAGUAGCAUUUUUCCCCCAUGAGGACACAGUGAUGCCUGGAAAUGGAAGUAUCAGACCUCAUCAUAGUCUUGAAGCAAAUAUAGGUACAAGAGAUCACAGUGAGGAAAGGGGAACCAGUCUCAGCAUUAAGGCUGCAUUUGACUGAGUAUAAUGUAAAGAAUUUUGAGUGAAACGGAGGUCAAUGGGACUGAAAGAGAAAACAUUACUGUCUGGAAUUAGACAUCUGUGGAAGAGUCUGCAUUUCCCUCACUGGUCAACCAGAAGUGGAAGCAAUUCAAACUCAACCCGAGAGACUGACCAAGAAGAAGAUGAAGACGACCCGACAGAAAGGAAGGGUGUGAUUGUCAGAAACUAGUCAAUGCUAACCAGAGUGUUACUGUAGGGACUCCUCAAGUCAGCAUCAUUGGCCCAGCCACCUUCAUCAGUAACCUUCCCCACUCUCAUGUGGAAAUGCUCUCUAAUGUUCAGAUUCGAUCACAAUUCCUCUAUUAUGGAGCAAACCAUGUUGGCCUGCAUCAAGUUGCAGAUGACAUGCAGGCUUGGGCUGAUGUGGCAAGAAACAGCCAUUUCAUGAGCAUGAGACAAUGACUUAUCAACAUAAACAAUUCUGAUCAUGUCUCCCUGACUAUCUACAUCACUAGCAUUGGUGAGUCCCCAACAACGUCUUGGAGGUGAAAAUUGAUCAGAAACCUAACAGGACCAAUCAAAGUAAAACAUGGUUUUAAGAGGUAAUGGCUGUGAUACUCAAGAGUGGCUCAUCUUCUGAUUUCCUGUCAUCUAAGAGACUCAAGUCAGGAGUCUCACAGAAUAUCACUUGCCUGAAAGAGGGCUGCUGCAACAAAAUUUAAGAACCAUCAAUAUCUUCCACAUGAGAGCAAUUGGCUUAAUCAGUGCCUGUGCUACUGAACUCAGUAAUUACUCCCUGUUUUGCCAACGGUCACUGGCUGAAAAUGAUUCACUGCAGAAAUACAUUGUCAGGCAUUCCCUUUGCCCACCAGCUCAAUAUUCUGCUACAAAUUCCUCUCCCAUCCACACACCAUGCUAAAUUUAUAUCAUGUAAAUUAUUACAUCAGUAUGUGUAAUUCUUUAGCUAAUACCAUGAUUGGAAUACUUUCACAUUAGUAUUCCAAUAAUUCAAGAAGGUCCACCAUCUUGGGUAAUUAAGCAACACCCGUAACCAAAUUGUGAGAUGUGACUUUUUGAACUGUUAAAAAAUUCACAAAAAUAUCUUGAGCUAGCAUUAAUUUGGUAUUUAAUGUCAAAACAGUUCCUGACUAUCAACUUCCUGUUCUUUCCCCUCUCUUUUACUUUUGUCCCCCUUGAACAUAAAAGGUUGGACAAUCAAUUAUCAUUAUGGUUAGCGUUUCUGAACACUGUUGUAAAGUUCCCUUGGAAGCCCUAGUGGGUAAUGACAUAUGUAGCUGCAGCAGCAUGCCAUGUAGUCAGAAAAUCCCAGUGUCUUUUAAUAAAUCAUUUUUCCUAUUCCUACUGGUCUUUAUUAGAAAGCAAGUGGAUGUGAGAGUCAUAUAACUACAGUAUAUUUUGGUUACCUCCAGAGGCAAAAAUUUACUGGCCUUUGUUAUCUCAAAUUCCAGGAGACUGCCAGUACUGUGGAACUGGGUCUUUGUUAAAGUUAAAGAAAAAAACAGAUAUAAAUUGCACUAGUGUCCAGUAAGGUUCAAAGAACACAUGUAGUCUUGAUUUUUAUUGGCGUGAAAGGUAAUUUACAUUCAUACCCAUGUUUAAUUUUCCUUUGGGUGAAUGCAUUAGGGUUAAAGUCUAGAAAAGUUCACAGGGCUUCUGAGGAACUCCAUCUGUAGUUGUGUGGGAAUGCAGUGGAAGGCCAAGAAUAUAGACAGCUAUUGGAGUCACCAGAUCCCAUUGUUUACUUGGAGUCUCCAUGUAAUCUUGGCUAAAGUGGAAUCUUCCUUGCUUCUGUCUUAGAGAGAGCCAAAAGGAGGCGGCUUCCUUGACUGCGAACUGCCAUUCCUAGCUGUAGCAGCUGCUUUUGUAACUACAGUAGCCUAAAGUAGACAAGCAGAGACAAGGGCCCCACAAAUAAUCAUCUGAAAAAUGUAUGCGUGGUUAUGGACCAACACAUGCAUAUAUCCUUUCUAAAAGUGGUCAGUUUAAAGUCCUGUGCACACCUUUAACACACAAGGGUGGAGUAGGAAUUCAAUCCCAAGAAGCACGUGAGCUCUAAGAAAAUGUAUGUUUAAAAUGUGUCCUUUUGUGAGUGGACCAAAGUUGCCAAACAGCAAUGGCAGCAGGUGCAGAGCUUCUAGUCCGUAUGGGAAUAUGGUCAUCGACCAACUCCAUGAUAAUUACUGACCCCCAUGUCUCAAGUACAUCAGCAUUGUCAAUGGGACAUGCAUGGAAGUGAUAUUAGUAGAGUCAGGCAAUCUCUGGGAUAAUGUUCCAUGUAAUUUCAGGUUCAAUAUGUUCAAAAAUAAUCAGGUAGGCCUGUUCUUACAAGGUCUAGUCAGCUGAAGUAACAACCAGAUUAGCAUUGAACAACACUGAGUGAUGUGAAAUGUACGUCCUAAUUAGUCCACCAAUACAGAGGUUAAGCAUCAAAAUUUAAUACAUAAAUCAUAGAUUUAGGUCAUUCUUUUGUGGCCAUAUGUUGAUCGUUAAGAACUAGAUUGAAUAUGUUUGCACAUUUUUGAUUAAAUGCUGUAAAGUUGACCAUUUAACAACCACAACAGAAAUUAUUAGAGAUGUUAAGUGUUUUACAUUUCCAGUUUGUGCAGCAUUUUUCUUAAUAUA